UUAGAGGCAAAAGAGCGGGCUAUCAUUUCUCUCUUAACAUGGUGGUAGAAAACUCAAACCAGUUAGAGGAGUUCACUAAUUCCAGUUCACAGAGAAUAGCUGAACUGAAAGCUUUUGAUGAUUCAAAAGAAGGUGUCAAAGGUUUGGUGGAGUCUGGAGUGUCAAAGAUCCCACGCAUCUUUCAUACCGGGAAGCUUGUCAUCAAUGAAAACCCAACUAGAGACAUCAAGUUUAGUGUUCCCAUUAUAGAUCUCAAAGACAUACACAACAACCCAACUAGGAGGGUAGAGGUAAUUGGUGAAAUUCAAAGUGCAUGCCAUGAAUGGGGAUUUUUUCAAGUGAUUAAUCAUGGAAUUCCCGUUAUUGUCUUAGAUGAAAUGAUUGAGGGAGUUCGUAGGUUUCACGAACAAGAUCCUGAUGUAAGAAGAGAGUUUUAUACACGUGAUUUAAAUAAAAAUUUUAAGUAUUUCUCAAACUUUUCCCCUUUUAAUGACCAACCUACAAAUUGGAGAGAUUCAUUUGGUUAUGUUGUUGCCCCUGAUCCAUUCAAACCAGAAGAAAUACCAUUAUUAUGCAGAGAUAUUGUGAUUGAGUAUUCCAAAAAAAUUAAUGAUUUAGGUUUCGCCAUAUUUGAGUUGUUGUCAGAGGCACUAGGACUUAACCCUUCAUUUCUCAAAGACUUUAAUUGUGCUGAAGGACACAUUAUUCAGGGUCAUUACUAUCCACCAUGCCCUGAACCUGAACUAACUUUGGGCGUUUCUAGUCACACUGAUGCUGACUUCAUCACAUUACUUCUACAAGACCAUAUUGGUGGUCUUCAAGUUCUUCAUGAGGGUCAAUGGGUCAAUGUUCCUCCAGUUCAUGGAGCUCUUGUUGUAAACAUAGGAGAUCUUCUACAACUUAUCACAAAUGGCAGGUUUGUAAGCGUUUAUCACCGAGUCAUAUCAAAGAACAUAGGCCCGAGAAUUUCUGUUGUAAGCUUCUUUGUGAAUACUCCUGAUCCAAUUGAAGGUGAAUCAAAGAUUUAUGGCCCUCUUAAGGAACUGAUAUCAGAAGAAACUCCGCCGAUCUACAAAAACUUUACUAUAAAAGAAUUUUUGGAUUAUUUUUAUGCAAAAGGCCUUGAUGGGAAUUCUUCUCUGGAGCCCUUCAAGUUAUGAGUAUAGCAUGACAACUUAUUUCCUAUUUUCAUCAAACAUGUCAUUAUCUAUUUGAAUAACAAGUCUCAUUUUCUGCUAUAAGCAUGCUUUAUAUGUAUCAAGAUUUUGAGAUUGAAAUAAAUGACUUAUCUAUGCUCGUUGAUAA